GCUGGAUCUGUCACACACGCACCCAAUCAAGACUCUACAGCCAGUGCAGUUUGUGUGCAGGACACAGGUUAAAACUUCAAAACACGCCACACUCUUACAGCGACAGCAGAAGACGCAGAACAGACUGACCCAGCAUGAGCUCACGUGCACCACAGUAUUCCGGAGUGAGGUGCAGUGAUGACGUACCCCGCUUGCUCACUGAAGACGUCUGCUACACUAAGAGAAAACGCUACGUAAAAAAAGAUGGGAGCUGUAACAUGGAGGUGCGUCACGUUCCAGAAAAGUGGCUCCUGUGGUUCACGGACAUCUUCACUACCCUGGUGGAGAUCCGCUGGAGGGUCAUGUUCUUGACCUUUGCCCUGUCUUACAUUUUAUCAUGGCUCUUUUUUGGAGUCGUGUUCUGGAUUAUUGCACUGUCCAACGGAGACAUGAAAGACCCUACCAAUGAGCCAUGCAUGUAUGAGGUUCGAAGCUUUACAGCGGCCUUUCUUUUCUCUUUAGAGACCCAGACCACCAUUGGUUACGGCUUCCGGGGCAUGUCCGAGAACUGCAUGAUUGCCAUCAUCGUAGUUACCAUUCAGGAUGUCAUUAGCGUCUUUAUUGACACUUUUGUCAUUGGUAUUGCAGUGGCCAAGAUGGCCUCUGGCCGUAAGAGAGCCCAAACGGUUGGUUUCAGCAACUGUGCUGUGGUCAAUUUGCAUGACGGGCACCUGUGCCUGUCCUGGCGGGUGGGCGACUUUCGCAGGAACCACAUGGUAGAUGGAACGGCACAGGCCCAAGUGGUGCAGCACACGGAACACGCCACUGGGAAAGUCGACGUCUCGUACAAAGAUCUCAACAUUGAGGAGAGCAAUAUCAUCCUGGCCACCCCAACCACCAUAGUUCAUAAGAUCGACUCAAGCAGCCCUUUGUACAAAGUGAGCUUGCAGGACUUGAGGAAAGAGACCUUCGAGCUGGUGGUAUCUUUAACCUACACGGACGACUGCACAGGCACACUACACCAGACACGCACAUCCUACACUCCGGACGAGAUCCUGUGGGGCCAGCACUUUCAGGAGAUGAUCAGGGUCACCCGCAAAAACUACAGGGUGGACUACGCCCUGUUCAACCACACGGUUAAAGUCCCGGUCGCAGAAUUAAGCGCAGAGGAGUAUGACCUUAAAAAGUGCACUGAACAGCCAAAACACAAACCGCUCCACACAAGUUCUCCAACAGCAGCUGUGGAGUUAGUUAAUGGGAAUAGGCUCGAGGCAGAAAAAGCAUCCACCAGCAUUGCUUUCCAAGGGAACAAGCUAUAAUAUUGGUCCUGACAUAUCUUGACUCUACUUUAAAGCACUUUAAAACGGGGCUUCCUUAAAAGGCAUCAAUAAAUGUAACAAUAUUGUAUUUAAACUUAGCUUAAAUAUUAAGGGUGUGCUGUGAGUAAGUGGGACAUUCUUGAAAUGCACCUUUCUAAGAAAAAUAGCGCUUGGACCUGGAAUCAUCACCUUAAAGUCAUGAGGUUUUUUAUGGCCUUGAUGAGGAACCAAUAAUUCAAUGUUUUCGAAUAACUGUAUGUUUUUCGUGUAUCUAUUGUAGCAGUCUUGCACAAACACUCUCUUCGAAUAAAAAUACACAUCUUUGCUUGCUAUGAGAUCAUAGGUAAUACAACUUUGAGGUGCACUACAGACUCUUACUCUACAACCUUUACGGUUGUUUGACAUCCAAGGACUUUGUUUGUUAAAUUUCGCACUUGACCUACAUAUGAGGCUAUUGUUGCAUUUUAAAGACACUGACGUUAAACUGACCCAACUGUGGUCAGUCAGAGUCUCUUUGGCAUCAGCUGAGGAUGUCCAGAACAUCGUUCCACCUUAUUUUGCAAAGCGGUUAACCUUUCCGUCCAAACAGCUAAUAAAAUAUUUUGGAAACAGAGGCUCUUCACAAUGUGCAAUUGGAACACAGCAAGCAUCCAGUUCCCCCCAAGGACAAUUUAACAGGUGAUAUCAGAAGCAUUCAAAGUACAGCAUUGACAAAUGACUUCGUUCCAGCUAUAGACGCCCCUUAACAAAAUGUGUUCUUAUAAUAUAUGUAUUCCUAUAUAUACCCUUAUAAAUGUUAAUAAACGCAAUUAACAUAUA